UCCCCUUCCCUUCCUUCCCUUGGAAGGAAGGAAGGAAGGAAGGAGAAGAAGGGAAGGGAAGAGGCUGAGUGAGGAGGGGGCUGGAGGGCAGCAUGACCCCGCAGCAGAAAGCCCACUGGGGCCCCACGGCGGCCGGAGAAGAGCUCACCCCCUCCUCCCUCCCCGCCGACCCCCACAGGCACCACCCGAAAAUGAAGCCCAUCAUCCACAGAAGGCGCUCCACAUCCACCGCCAUCAGCAGAGCCCUCAGCAAGUCCAAGCAUCAUCCCAGCCACCGUGACGUGGGCCUCUGCCCCUCUCAGCUGGACAACGGUCUCUCCAUGGCCGGUGCCUUUGGCCGGCCCAAUUCGCUCUUCCUCCUGGAGGAACGGGUGCAGAUGACCCAGGGCUUGCAGACCCAGGAGAGGCAUCUCUUUCUCUUCGAUGACCGGCUUGUUGUGGCCAAGUCCAAGUCUUCUUCCAGCCUGAAACUCAAGAAGCAAGUCCCGCUGGGAGAGAUCUGGACCAGCGCUUGCCUUGGCGACGUGUCGGAGAAGCGUCUGAGCCCAGAGUCCUCCUUCGUGCUGGGCUGGCCCACCACCAACUGCGUGGUCACUUUCAGCUGCCCUGAAGUCAAGGAGAAAUGGCUGUCGGCGCUGCUGUGGCACAUGGAGGCGGCAAAGCAGGCGGAGAGCCCCAAAUGCCUUCCGAUGCAAGUCUUCCUGAUGGAUGGUGAAAACAGCAGUUCUAGUGUAUCUGUCUCGGUUUCCAACAUGGAAGUUGCAGAUGAUGUCAUCAAGAAAACGGCGCAACAGCUGGGACUUCCUGGAAGAGCCAGCGACUACCGCCUCUGCGUCCUUUCCGGAAGAGACAGCCCUGCCUUCCCUCUCCUCGGCCACGAGUAUCCCUUCAGCAUUAUCCUGAAUUCCCUCCGUGGCUCCUUGGACCACCUCCAGGGAACCAACAACAACAACCUCCUUCCUGGGUGUGAGGCCUCCAUCUUGGAUCAAAUCCCCAAAGAGAGGCAGUGUCAGUUCAUCCUGAAGCCCAGGCCCAAUGCUCAAGUGCAGCUGCGGAGAGAACCGCUGCAGAAGCACAGCAAGCGGAAGAAGUCCUUGAUUGACUGGGCCCUGCGGAGGAGCAGCAGCACCCCCACCAGCAGCCCAGCCUCGCAGUCCCCGCCGAACCCCAGGAAGCUCUUUGGCCUCUCGCUCAGCUCCGUUUGCCCCGAUGGGAGCCUCCCCAAACCAAUCAUGGACAUUCUGCAGCUCUUGUACCUCGAAGGCCCAUCGACGCGGGGCAUCUUCCGGCGCUCGGCCAACGCCAAGACUUGCAAGGAACUCAAGGAGAGGCUCAACUCCGGGGAUGAUGUGCAAGUGGAUGGCGAAUCCGUCUUUGUAGCGGCAGCGGUCAUUACGGAUUUUCUGCGAAAUAUACCUGACAGUGUUCUAUCCUCAGACAUGCAUGGGCUCUGGAUGGAAGCCAUGGAUAAGGAAAACUGGGAACAUAGGAUCGAAGCCAUCCAAAGUUUGGUGAACCAGCUCCCAGAGGCCAACCGUAUCUUGCUCCGACACCUCUUUGGCGUCUUGCAUCGCAUUGAACAGAACGCCACCGAGAACCAGAUGACUGCCUUCAACCUGGCCCUCUGCAUCGCCCCCAACAUGCUGUGGCUGCCCAGCCCCACGGGACCUGAGGAGGAGAGCAAAUCCACCAAAAAGGUGGCCUUCCUGGUCCAAUUCCUCAUCGAAAAUUCAACUGAAAUUUUUGGAAGGGACAUCGCUUCGCUGUUCCAAAGGCCAGAAAGGAAGAAGUCCAAAAGUGUGGACGAUAUACUGGCUCAGCGAACCGAUUCCUCCGACGAGAUGGAAUUUGCAGCCUCCUUUGGGGAAAGAUCCAAACAACGUUAUGGGCUGGAAGUGGAGGAUGGCCUGUUCAGCCCUUCGUUGAGCGAGGAGCGAGAGGACUGGGACUUGUUCAGCGAGAUCGCCGCUUGCUACCGGAGCAAAGCGGGGAAGAACGCCAGUGCAGACAGCUACGACCUCCUGGAGCAGGAGGAAGAGGGCGGCUCCUUCUGCUCCCUGGGCUCUGUCUGUUCGCUGGACCCGGCAAGGAACCGUUGCUCUUCUGAGCCCAGCGUGUGCCUGAGCUCCCGCUUUCCCUCUCAGGACCACGAACCGGUGGCUCGGCAGUCCAGCUGCGAUGCCGCCAUCAUGCACAGCCAUGGGGAUUACAUCCGCCGGCUCCAGCAGCUGCAGCUGGAGAGCCAGAAGCUCAUCAACGAAGGCUUGAGCCCUGGGCUGAGCAGAGCCACCAGACCUGGCUUCUGGAGGCCCUCCCUAUGCGGCAAUGUGGCCAAAAGGCUCAGCCCUCAGAAGGCGAGUCUCUCCAACCGGUCCAGCUUCUCCAGCCUUUCGUCCACCACCUCCCCUUCAGCCUCCUCCUUGAGCUCUCUGGACAGUGCUUUCUCCUACUGCUCUGAGUCCUCCUCGGCCUUCAGCCCCACGGACAAUGCCUCCAGCUUGCCCUUCAUGUUCGGCACCUCUGCCCGGCUCCACGCUUUGUCCCCCAAAGUGGCCAAGCGGUCCUCGAAGGAGUGGCACAAGCCACUGACCUCCCCGUUGCCCCUCAGCGAUGUGGAGUUCUCCUUUGAGAACAGAGAAGACAACAGAGAGAACGGCAGCCAAGAGAAAGUGGCGGUCUUCCUGCCCAUCGGAGGCAGCUCUGGAAGCUUGGAGAACCUCAAGAGCAAAGACGAGAAGGAGGAAAGUCAUGCCGAAACGCUCUCCUAUCCACUUACAAGCUGUCCCCUUGUCAAGACGGAGUACAGGACUGCCAUCCCAAGCCCGGAGAGCAGUUUUGUGACGUCCACGAAGCACAUUGAGAUCAAAGGCUCCAAAGAGGCUCCUUUCUCCCAAGGAAGCUUGAAGCGUACCAAGAUCACGGUCUACAUGGCUCCAAAGGAGAGGAGUCCAAGAGAGUCUCCGGUGGUGCAGGACGAAGGGUACAUGGCUAGUGAUCCCAGUAGUACCAAGACGGUCAGGGUCCACAUCCCCCAGACGGUCUUCUACGGGCAGAACACCCCACUGGUCCUCCAGUCCGUCUCAAGAAGGUACCACCAUGAAUCCUCGAGCCCCCCCACCCAGGUGGAAGAGCCGGAGCCUCUGGACGGUCCAGACGUGUGCCACAGCCAAGGGGUCAGCAAGACCUUCAGCCACACGUUCCGCAUUUUCCUCCCGGCGUCCGUCCGCCACACGGUCCGAGAGUAUUUCAGCCGAGACGGCUCCGAGAAGCACUGUGCUGCGAGUGUGGAGACGGUGGAGGAGGAACUUCUCCGGAGCAGGGCAGAGUGGAUACGGAGCCCGCCUUGCGCAGACGAGAGCCAUGAGACCCUAAUGUUCGCCGAAGAGACUUUCGUCUAGGAGACUCUGCUUCCUGUGCUUUUGGGAGGGUUGUAUGUAAAAUGUAAUAUAGGGGAUGGGAGGAAUUCGACAGGCCUCCUUCGACCGCUGGUAGCUUCUCUAUCAAGGAUGUUGAAUCCACUCCUGGUUUUAACCUGAACCGUCUAAGGUGAUUUGUACCUUAUAUGGUUCUUUUAAGAACCCGGGGUGGAUUCCUUGCCCUCGUGGCAUGGAGGCCAGUAGCCAUUGCUGUUCACAUGUAAAGCAACUUCUGCUCUCCUGCAUAGCGCCUUUUAAAUCCACUUAUCUCCUUCUUUUUGAUCUUCUGCUCAACGUACAGGAAGAGCUUCACAGUGUACUUCCUCGGAGCACUUUCCAGCCUCACCGCAGGAGGAAAUUGCGCCAAAGCUUUUAUUCAGCUCCGAUCCAAAGUCAAACUGAACUCAAAAUGCAAAUUAGGGCAAAUGGUUGUUAAUAUUAUUUUCCCCAACAGGUUUAUUAUGAGACAUCUUACGACUGAAAUCUUCAGUCUCAACCUGGGGUCCUUUUAUAUUGCUCUUGGCUCUCUGCAAUUGUGAGAUUCACUUGUGAAUUUGAUUAAUAUGUUCUGUGCAGGAUUUUCUAGGUCCUCCAAUGCAACCUCCACCAGAAAUUGGCCAUGCACUCAUGCUGAAUGAAAUAGAGAUUCCUCUAUGUGCUUAUUUGCACUUUCCCCCAUUUUUGUGGGGUCUCAGUGCCCCAAAUGUGGAGAGUCCAUCAUAUGCAUUUAUAGUGCUACCAUUCCACUUUAAAUUGCUGUGACGCCACCCUAUGUGAUACUGGGACUUGUAGUUCAGGGGUAGAAUUUAAAAUCUUCAUCCAAACUACAAAUCCCAGUUUUUGCAUGAUGAUGAAGCCACAGGCAGUUAAAAUGGAAUAAUAGCACUUUAAAUUUGUUCUCAGAAAGAGCUCUAUAUCAAUUUCUGGGUGUGAAACCAAGACAUAUAUAAACCUCGCGGACUCCAUAGAUUUCUGUAAGGAAUAGCAUUGAAGCCUAUACGUUUCACAACAAAGGGGCUUCAGAUUAUUCUUCCUCAGGUGUGUUUGUUUUUAAUCGUGGAAUUGCAGUUUUUCACCAUUUUUUGGAUAAAAUAGAAUUCAAACAUGAUUAAAAUGGCAUUAAGAAACCAAAGUAAUGGGAUCAAGAAUCUGCCAGCAGUGUCGGGUAGAAACUAAACACAAAAAUACUUGUUGUUCAGAGGUACAGUGUUCCCUCGCUACUUCGCAGUUCGCUUUUCGUGGACUUGCUGGUUUGCGGUUUUGUUUUUAAUUGUGAAAUUGCAGUUUUUCACCAAUUUUUGGAUAAAAUAGGAUUCGAACAUGAUUAAAAUGGCAUUAAGGAACCAAAGUAAUGGGAUCAAGAAGCUGUGGGCAGUGUUGGGUAGAAACUAAACACAAAAAUACUUGUUCGGAAGUACAGUGUUCCCUCGCUACUUUGCGGUUCGCUUUUCGCGGACUCGUUGUUUUGCGGUUUUUCAGUAAAUACAGUAAUGUAUAUAUUUACGCUGGAGCUGUGCCUCUCCUUGCCAUACACAUCAUGGGAGAUGCCAGCCUGGGAAGCCACCUCUUGCAGGCACCUCACUCGCCCAGCUUCUCCUCCUCAUCGGCUUCCUUCUCCUCCUCUUCCUCACUCUCCGCUGCAGAUGGGAGCUUUUCCAGGUUGAAAGCGGAGAAGGAAGGGAAGGAAUGAUGAUGGACAGGUCUAGARGGGCGAAUGGUAGGUGGCUUGGG